UGCCCUGUCUGAUGCGGCUACAGUCCUCUGUGCUCGUUAACCAGGCCAUAAAAUCCAAAAAAUCUGUGCUCGUUAGAGUAAAAGUAUUCUGUGCCUCUGUGUCAAAUGUCAAUACACAAUACAGUAACAGUUCGCAAUUCGCAUGAGGUUUUAGGUUAUACCUAUGAUAUAAAUUAAAAUUUUCUUUACUAUUUUUAUCUAAAUUUUAUUUUUGAAAUAAGACAUAUAUAUACCCAAUUGUAAAUAAAUAUGACUUUAACUACUCGGUUAUUUGUGGGCAAUAUUCCCGAUAACUUCAAUGAAAAUGACUUUGAAGCAGCAUUUUCAUCGUACGGUGAAAUAACUAAUAUAGAUAUCAAAUGUAAACCAAAUGUCGAAAAUGAGAAUAAGAAAUUCGGAUUUAUAACUAUGUCUGCAUCAAACUUCGAGGUCGAAUCAUGUAUUAAGUAUUUCAAUGUUAAUGAUUUCAAUGGCAAUAGAUUAUAUGUGACAAGGGCUCGUGAAAGUUUCUUGGAAAGAUUACAAAGAGAAAGAUCACAAGCACAGAAAAAGGAAACCCUAAAAGUUAACUCGUGUAAUCCAAUUAUAACUGCGAAUGUAAAAAAUCAAAAAAGAAACAACAAAAGAAAAUUUAGUGAGACUAUUGAAGACAAUGAUGAUAACAAUAUUGAAGCUAUGCAAACUGUAAACACAAAAAAAAUACCACCAGAUACUAAGAAACAUGAUAUUGUUAACAGUGAUAAUAACAUAAACUUGGAACCUAGAAAAGAUGAUAAAAAGGACAAGUCUGAUACAAAAAGACUGGAGUCAAUGAAAUUAAAGAGGCAACAGUUUAAAGAGAAGAAGAUGAUUAUAAAGACUGGCCUGCAAGGUGUUGAUACUGUUAUCAACAAAAAGAUAAUAUUUUCAGAUGAUGAACAAGUUAGUGCACAAAAAGAAAAUACAUUAAGUGCCGGCACUAAAACAAAAAAUAGUAAAGAUUUAUUUGAUGAUGAAGAGAGUGAUGAAGAUAUUAAUUUUGAAAUUAAAAAGCAGUUUGAGGGAAAGACGGGACAAAAGGUUUUAGAUUUACAAUCAAAAUACAAGUCAGACAAAAGAUUUGCUUUAGAUGAAAGGUUCAUGGAAGAGUCAAGUGAUGAAGAAAAAGAAGCAAAUGAAAUAGAUUUUGAGAAGGUGGAAUUGGAACAAGCAGAUGAGAAGUCAAAACAGUUUAAUAUAUUGCAAGAUGUACUUGGUGUGUCAAUCAAACAAAAACCAAAAGAACAAAAUAUUAAAAAGUCAAAGAUUGGUAUGCUGAGGUUUGACCCUUUACAACCAGAUCAUGCAAAAUAUUUGUUGCCAGUUGAAGAAAAAACUGAAGUGCCCAAAAAGGGUAAAAAGAAAAAACUAAAAAAUAAAGAAGACUUUAAGGAACCUGAGUCCCAAAGUGAAAUUAAAAAAGUUGAAGUAUCAAAUGAACAGUUUUAUGAGAUUAGUGACACUUUAAAGGAAGCUAUAACACAACCAACUGCAUUUAGUUUACGUAGCUUGUUUGCGACGGCGGCUGAUAAUGAAGAUGCUCCAGUGCAGAUUGUGGAAAGUGUGGCAAUAGAAAAGAUUAAAAAUAAAAAAGUGAAUAAUCCCCUUGACCCUGGUGAAAGAAACCCAUUUAAAUAUGAUUCAUCUGAAUCCGAGAAUGAAGAAGAAAAGGAAACAGCUCCUCCAGUGGCGAAAACAGAAGUGAAAGCAGUUUGGAGAGAAAAUUUAUUUUUCUCUGAACAUGAUACUAGAUUAAAAGAAGGCUUAGAAUAUUUCAGUAGUCAAAGUAUGUUGGGAGAUGUGCAAAAAGAAAGAAGACAAUUGAAAACAGUAAUGAAAAAGAGGCUAUACAACAAUGAACGUAAAAAUAAAUUGUUCCAAAAGAAAAUUGGUGGCAGAAAAAAGACACUAAAAAGGAAGAAAAAUUGAUUUCAAAUAAAACUAUUUUUCUAAUUUAUCUAAUAA